UCAAGUGAGUCCCCAAACCCUUUACUGACGCCGAGACGAGAACGAAUCCCAUCCCAUGUCGGUCGCCGCCAGCGCACGUCCGUCGAUCGCCGUCUCUGCACUGUCGGCAAGCAAUCGUCACCCCUGUCGCGCCUCCUCAUCGCAGCAGCAGCAACAGAAGCAGAAUUGUGGUCACUCGUAAUGGUACAUUUACACUAGUUGUGCACUAUCUUGCAAGCUAAAGUACGUCCUUAUGUUUACGCAAAUUAAUUGGAAAGCUACAGCUAGUAGAUUUGCUUCAUGUUUACAGUUACAAAAUGGUAAUUUUUGGAAAAUGGAACUUACACAUGGAUAAGUACUGUGAUGUACAAUCACUAUCUUCAUGGUUCUUUCGAGCAUUCUUUUGCUAUCUUCAGACCCUUUUCCAUAGCACAUCAUGUUCGAUCGCAGUUCAGCACAUUUACAACUUCUAGUAGAUAUAGCAAGUUACAUGGUAAGGGGAUUGACAAGGCAUUGAAAGUUUUGGACUUGGUCACCCCUAGGACCAGUAAGGUUGAAAGCAAGUCAUGCCAUUAUCACCUAAUACAGGGGUGCAAGCAUGAUCUUCUUGAAGUUGAUCAACGGAAUUGCUUAAAGUUCGUUAAGAAGAGUACAAGUAGUAAAUUGUGUAAUCCUGCUAAGGUUAUGUCUGAAAAGAGUCAUCACUGUAAAUCUCUUUUAUGCUCUCAAAUCAGUAAAUCAGUGAAGGAAGAUGCUCUUUUGUUAUUUCUUGAAUUGCAUAAGAGAGGGAUCAGCUUGGAUGCAUCUACUUUUUCUGUUGUAAUUAGUUCUUGUGUGUCCACAGGCACUUUUGGAACAGGGCUGCAGCUUCAUGCUCUCUCGGUUAAAAAUGGUUGUGAUGUAUCUAUUCCUGGUGGAAGCUCAUUGAUCAGCUUGUACUCCAAACUUGGGCAGUUGGGGAAUGCUUAUCAUGUUUUUGAUAUGAUGCCCACAAGGAAUGUUGUACCAUGGACUGCUAUAAUUGCAGGUUUUGCACAGUCCUGGGAGGUCGACACAUGUUCACGACUGUUCUAUUUGAUGAGACAGGCUCUGAUAGAACCGAAUGACAUCACAUUUGCAAGUGUUUUGAGUGCUUGCACCAGCAGUGCUUAUCUUGGGUUUGGUAGGAGCAUCCACUCUUUAGAAUUUAAAAUGGGUUUUGAUCUGUAUACACAUGUUUCUAAUGCAUUGAUCUCGAUGUACGCUAAAUCUGGAAGCAUUGAGGAAGCCCAUUGUGUCUUCAAGAACAUACCAUGUAGGGAUCUAAUCUCAUGGAAUUCGAUGAUUUCUGGGUUCUCCCAACAUGGACUUGCUAAGAAUGCCAUGAACUUGCUGAAUCAAAUGGAUACUCAGAAUGUAACACCUGAUGCUAUAUCUUACCUUUGUGUUCUCUCCUCGUGCCGGCAUGUGGGACUUGUGGAGCAAGGCCAGCGUUGUUUUGAUUCAAUGCUUAAACGUGGGCUAAACCCAGAAUUAGAUCAUUACUCAUGCAUCGUUGAUCUUCUUGGCCGUGCAGGGUUGUUGGAAGAGGCAUUAGAUUUCAUUAAGAAAAUGCCAAUCCACCCAAAUGCUGUUAUAUGGGGCUCAUUACUUUCGUCAUGCAGGGUUCAUGGAAAUGUAUGGAUAGGCAUUCACGCUGCUGAGAACAGGUUGUUGUUAGAGCCAGGCUGUGCUGCAACUUAUGUUCAGUUAGCAAAUCUUUAUGCAAGUGUAGGUUACUGGAAUCAUGUAGCAAAAGUUCGGAAGCUGAUGAAGGAGAGAGGGCUGCGCACAAGUCCUGGGUACAGCUGGAUUGAAAUUGGUAACAAGGUGUAUAAUUUUAAAGCAGAAGAUAGAUCAAAUGAUAAAAUGAAUGAGAUACUCACAAUUUUGGAUUCUUUAGCAUGUCAUAUGGAACUCUCCAAGUAUACAGCUGCUGCAAACAUUGAUCUUCAAUACGAAGAGAUCCCUCCAUGACAGCACUUCAGCGGAAUACAAUUUGCCAAGCUUGUGUUACCAAAAUGGUAUCCUUGGCUGCACUAUUUCUGUGGAUGGGACAUUUAUGCCUCUUACAUUGUAUGUGUUGUUUAAGGCUCUUGUUUUCAGACCAACAGAACUUCCUUUAGGCUUCACUACAAGUUUGAUGUAGGAGGCAUGUAUGAUUCCAUAGCAGCAUACCUUUCAUCUAUGAUGCCCCUAGAAAGCUGUGCACCUGAAGAAAGGUUCCCAGCUGUGUGAUAUAAUAAGAACCAUAUUGGCAACAUCCAGAACAAUAUUUUCUUCAUUCAUGUGCUUGGAAAAAGGUGCUUAUAUUGUAGUAAUUUUCAAAGGUAUGCUUCAUGAGAUAUGAAUCAUCUUUUUGUUUCCUCUGAUUGUAUCAAGAUGAAAAGUAUUUGUUUGUGGGAUAGAGGGUGAUGCAUCGUAGAUAGAUAAAAUGGUCAUAGUCUGCAGGUAGUAGCACUUAAACGAGUCAAAUACUACCAAUGAACUUGAUGAUUUAACUAAUGCACUGCAUAGAUAGGAUUUGAUAGGAGACCAGAUUCUAGUGGAAUAUUGGCCUUUUCUGAGUUCUUGAGGAGCUUGCUUGAUUCUUGAUGGACAAUAUGGUUCACCACCUACAUGUUAUCUAUGCUCUGGGCUUCCAUGUCCCUUUUGUCAGGAAAAGUUCCAGGUUUAGAACUUAAUACCAAUUUACAUAUAUGGUUGUCACCAAGUCAACAGGCAGUUGAGAUUGAGCACUGUUGGUUAAGUUGCAGACGUAAAAAAGAUCAAGAAUUGCUGGAUUAAAUUGCCCCUUUAGCUGUAAUUUUUCUAGCAGGCUAGGGUUCUAUAAGUAAUCUUUUGAUUAUAUUAGUGGUUUUUAUACUGUGAUGAUUGCCAACUUCUUGUGCUGUCAAUCCUGGAAUUUUAAUUAUGGAAGGGGCUGUAGCCGGCAUGAACUUGGAGAUGCUCUGGCGAACAAAUUACAAGUACUACUGGCAGCCACGUGUAUCAGGACUUGGGUGCCUUUGACUGUUACAACAUGGUUUCAACUUUCAAGUACCAUUUUAUACUGAUUCUACUGUACUAGUGCAUCGAACUAGUUGUAUUAACAUGUCAAACAAUUUUCAGUAUGCUUCUAAUUAGUUUACCAAGGCGUUCCAUAUCAUACCAGUUGAUACAUACCAAUCAAAUGAGAUUCCAGUAUGAGUAUGUGUACUGGCAUUUUCAAACUUAUGUUAUGGUUUUCCAUCACUUUGAGGAUUCAACCCAUAUAUGGAACUUAAAUUUUCUUCAAAAUUCUUUGCAGUAGAAAUUUAAUGCUUUUUUUUGUCUUCAUUCAAAAGAUGAUCUGUCUCAAUUUCUAGGUUUUUACUUUGCACUAUUGGAUUUCUAGUAAAAGUUUCAUCUGACAGUGAACAUGAGAAAAUAUACUGUCUCAAUUCCUAUGUUUUUUACUUCACUGCUAGAUUUGUGGCAAAAGUUCUGACAGAAAAUAUGUAAGAAAAUUUACAAAUGUGUUGUCUGAGGAAAAAGCUGAGCGAACUUUAUGUGAUUUCAUUUUCUAGAAAGUACUGUUUGAUUUUCCUUUUGAUACUAAUUUCCGGUAUAACUUUGGUUGUUACCAAAGCAAUGGUUUUUAAGAGUGUGAUACAGAGAGAACCUGAAUGAUGAAUGGUGUCCAUGAUAAUAUUGGAAUAGCUGCUGCUUUCUCUUUCUUUUUCUUGACAUAUAUAUGUGUGUAUACUGUAUGUAUGCUUGUGUGCAUCCAAUUGACAAUCUUAGGGUGAUCCAGUGAUCCAACCUCCCCAACACCUUAUUUGCAUCCUUGUGUAUUCAAAACACUGUAUAACGGACAACUUUAGUUUAUGGAAACCUGCAGAUCUGGAUGUAGCUAGUAUUUAUUUGAUUGAAGAUAUGAAUUUGGUUAUAAUUUUGCUUGGCAAUUCUUUUAUGUGGGCUUGAUACAGUAACAGUCACAAGUUUUAUGUAGAUUACGCAUCAAUUUGUUAACUCUCGGUGAUGCUAAUAUCUCAGUGUUUAUAUAAUUGGCCUAAAGAUGAUUAACUGAUAAGAAUCUACUAGAUCUUUCGAUUUGCAUACUAGUAGUAGAGUUACAUUAAAUAAGUUAAUUGUUCAGAAAUUGGAUAUUAUAAGAAUUUUGCUCGUGGGAUUGAAAAAAGUUUAUUUAUUUAUUUAUUUUUCAAGCUUGUUGAAUAUAAAAAAAAUGUUUUAUCUUUUAAAUCCAACUUUUUAAAUGCCAAAAAACAGGUGAUUCUGGUUUAGCAGGAUUCUGACAUUUGAGAUCCCUCUAAUGAGCUCUUCUCAUCCUGUGUAGGUACAGCUGACAUUAAAUUAUGAUUGAUAUGCAGUUGGUGACUUUUGGCAAUUGACAUACAGCAUAAUGUGCUUCCUUCAUGCUGUGUGAGCACAGCCGAUCUUAAAUUAUGACUGAAAUAUGAGCUGGGGAGUCAGUCAUUUGACAUCCCAGCAUGAUGAGCACCCUUCAUUGUGUUCAGAUCAAGCGAACCUAAAAUUAUGACUUGCACUACAUGGGGUGGGGACUUUCUGCCAUUUGACAUCCAGCAUAAUGUGCUUCCCUUAUCCUGUACAGUGACACAAUCCAUGAUGGGAUCAAGUUUCAUCUUUGACCGCUACAGAAGAGUACCCAGUUAGACAAUUUGAGUUCAUUUCAUUCAAAUUAUAUUUGGGCUGUGGUUGUGUUAAUUAGAUCAGGUCAAAUAAAAUAGGUAGGAUUACUUAAAAGAGAGAGAACUGGAGGAGCUCAGUGGGCUGCUUUUCUAGACAGUUAUUUUGCGCUUCCAAUCUGCAAGGUUCGGUUUCCAUUUUUUGAAGGUAUUAAAUUGAACUUAGUUACCAAGAGUAAGGGCUGGCUUCUUAGGAUGUAAGAAAAUUGUCUGAUCGGUUCUUUUAUAGUGUAUACAAUCAUAGUAAAGGCAGAAAAAGGAUUCAAUUAUUGUGUCA